AGCGGUGUCGUCUCGGUCUCCGUCUCGGCCGGUAGUUUCUGCAUUUAAAGUUGUUUUUAUAACAGAAAGUGCAGUCGGCAAGAUGAGCGGACUUUUAAAUGAAAUACAACGCAUUAUUUGCGAUCUGGCUUCCGAUAAGCCAACCGUUCGCAAUAAGGCAGUGGAGCUGCUGGACCAAAAGCUGAACACUUCCCGCGAUGCCUUGCAUGCAAUAUUGGGCGGGAAUCAGGAACUUAACUGGACUCAACUAUUUCACGCCAUUAAUGGAGCAAUUCUCAAGCAUACAAAUAACUUGCAAGAAGCGCGCGAGAAAAGCUACAAAACUCUGUCUGAUAAAUGUUAUUUAUACGGCAAUGUUUUACAUAAAAUAAUUGAACAUAAUUUGGAGGUCGGCAAGGGCAGAGGUGGACACAUUCUGGCCAAGUCAACGAUCUUCGAUGUCUUUGAAAAUGGAGUUAAACAACGAACUCUUGUCAAACACUUUGGCGAUCAUUUCCUCAAUCUGCUGGACAGAGGCAUCUACCUAUCACCCAUCUAUGUCUGUGAUCUUAAAGUCAGCGAAUAUAGUCGUAUUUUAUCCUAUCUGUUUGAGUUGAACAUUGAAAACGAUGAAUUCCUGCGCUCCAAGAUAUUCAAAUGCAUCACAAAAACUGUGCAACUGGCACAACAGCGAGUGCAACUCCAUGCGGAUCUGGCGGAUUAUUUACCCACUCUGAGCAGCUACACUCAGGAUGAAAGAAAUUCGGAGAGGCGCAUUGAAAUUGUGCGACUUUAUCAUUUAUUUUUAGUCGAGCUGUCGGUCAACUAUCAUCAUAAGCUUUGCAUUCACAUGCAGGAGAUUUUACCCAAACUCUGUGAUUUCCACAAUGAUGACACAUUCCGCGACGACACCAAGAACAUAUUGUUUGAGUGUGUUAUAUUAUCGCUGCAUGCCUUGUAUCCCAAACUGAAUAGCCAAGACUUUAACACAUUCCAAGUGCCCAUCCACCAGAGUUGGCCCCAAACAAUGCAGAAAUUGAAAACCAUUAUUGACAUGGAGAUCAGAAAGAAUUCCGUUGGACGCAGCAAGUUGACACAACUUAUAGGUGAUAAAUUCUCCGAGAAAUUUCUCAAAAUGUCUGCGUUAAUAAUGUACAUUGUAAGAGAACUAAACACCGAAGUUUAA